AUGUCGAUUGCUUUUGAGAGAUGGUUAGCUGUUUGCAAGCCACUAGUUCACAGGUCAGGAUUCCUGGCAGUUUCCACCAACCUACCUAAAUGGUUUGAAACAACAGUGGUCGAGCGGGAUCAAUUCAUCGGAAACAGCAAUGACCAACGGAACAAUUCCGAAUACUGGAUUAAGAAACAGGAAUUCCAAACAACAGACCUAAGGAGGAACCCGCACUAUAUCAGGUAUGGAAUGGUGGCUCCAAGAUGGAUAUUCCAGAUGCUGGCUCCCUUUUGUCUCCUUACCCUCUUCAGUAUUUUUACUGGUCUCAAACUCAG